AUGGCAUCCGACGAUAUCUUUACAUCUAUGGAAUAUAUCAACGAAGACUCCAUUGAUUCCAAUUUGAUAUGUAGUAUUUGUCAGAAACCUUUCAAGGAACCUGUAUGCACAUCAUGUGAUCAUACAUACUGUAAACAAUGUAUUACACGUUGGUUAACAUCGAACAAGACUAAAUCGUGUCCUACUUGUAUGAAACAACCAUUAUCAACAAAGGAACUUGUACAAGCUAGUCGUCCGUUACGUAAUAUGAUUGAUCAACUUCGAGUUCGAUGUGUUUUAUGUGAACAAGCGGAUCUACAACGUGGAAAUUUCCUCGAUCAUAUUGAUAAGAUCUGUCCGAAAACUACAACUGGAUGCCAAGCUGCUGAUAUAAAAUGUCCUUGGAAAGGAACAAGAGAAGAGUUACCGGCACAUCUACCGACGUGCAUUUUUGAACCAUUACGACCUAUACUAGGUUACUUGAUUGCUGAAAAUAAUCAACUUAAGAAGAAAAUCGAACAACAAGCUAAUGAAAUUAAAAAACUACGGGGCGAAACACCUGAGAAAAUCGGUACCGCAGCAGCAGCAGCAGUAGCAGUUGAUGAUGACUCUGAUGCUGAAAGUAUAAUUUCAUCAACGUCAGAGAUGUGUACCGACGAUACAAAUCAAAAGGAAGAAAAUGCAAUAUUUGUUAGAAAUCUUCCAGCUAAUGUCAAAUUCAACGAUGUGUUUGAUUUUUUUUCGAAAAUUGGACGUAUCAAGUACGAUCCAAAAACUCAAAAAGCCAGUUUAUUUAUCUUCAAAAAUCCAAACAACGCGAAUGGGCCAUGUGCUGCAAAAGUAACUUAUGUUGAUAAAGAAUCAGCUUCUGCAGCUAUUGGAGAAUACGAUCAAAAACAUAUUCCCCAAUGGAAUACUAAACUUCUGGUAUGCAUAUCAACUCGAAAGAAAGCUCAUUUCAAAGACGCUGGAAAGGAACACAAUGAAGCCAAAGGAACACAUGAAGAACCGUUAACUGAACAAGAUAAGACACCGAGAACUAAGUAUUUACGGCGACCACAUCAUUCAAAACAAUCACACAAGCCAACGAACUAA